ACCAGAAGGGAUCGUCGCAGUCGCCGUUUCAGCAUCAGAGAGAGAGAGCGAAAGGGAGGCGAAGCUACGACGCUGUAUUAUGUCCAUUUCCUGCCGGUUCUCUAAGCGAAUAUGGACAAAGAAAGAAAAAUUAGCAGUAGGACAAAGAAUCCGCCCCAUUCUCUGUACAAUGCUAACAGUGAUGACUCGGAUACCCUGGAGGACCUUAUGCAAAUGCUGCUAGAGAUGCAAAAAUGCUUUACUGAGCUUGGGAAACGGGUGUUGAAGGUUGCCCAUGAGAAGACGCCUCAGAAAAGGUUGGAGAGCACUGUAUUGCCUUGCAGUGUGGAGGAUGAUGAGGAGGAUGAGUAUCAGCCAGAUUUCCUAGAAUGUGCUCCAAGCCUUUAUGAGGACACCAGUGAUGUAACCAGUAAAUCUAACAAUGUAAGAACCUUUAUUCCCACACCAGAAAUCAGGAAGGUGAAAAUGCUAUUACAGGCAGCCAAAGAAGAAAAUGAUGAAAUUGAUGACAAGAUCCGGCAGAGAAAGAAGAUGGUUGCUAUUGCAGAGAGGCAGAUGACAGCAGACUCAUGUGCAAAGAAAAGAAGUAAGGAAAGUAUUGACCAAGGGAGGAUCAAGUUAAGUACAAAUGAGGAAAGUUGGAAGCAUGACAUGUACCACCAGAUCUAUGAUAAGCAUUUCAAACUUGAAGAUCAGCCUGCAAGCAGCAUCAGAGCAUCAGAGCAAGAAGAUAACCCUCUGGGGCAUCCUGAAUAUGAAGUGCCUGUUCAUGAUAUUUUUAGGUAUCCUGUAGAAAAGGUUCAUGUUGGAUCUGUAAGCAUGGAUAGAGAUCUGGUAUCCAGAAGUGAUGGAAAUAUGAAUUUGGUAGUUCAUCCAGGGAUGCAGACAAUCCCAUUCAUUGAACAGGAUGCAGAUGAGCUACCAAGCCCCUUGAGGAGACCUCUAAGCUUUACAGAUGUGGAUUCAAGCUGUAUGGAAGAUACACACUCAGAGUUUAGCAUUUCCCUUCAGUCGCCUGAAGCCAGCAAACCUGCUGAAACCUUGCCCACACCUUCCUCCUCGGAAAAAACACCAGGAAAGUAUGUGUUACGAAGACCAAAUCCAAACACUAAAGUUCCCCUUAGGAGGCCAAAGUGUGCUCCUUCAACUUUACUCUUGUCUACACCAGAAAUCUUGAUUGAAACCCUGGGCAAGACUUCCAAUCCUCCUCCCAGCAGUGCGUCUUGGGAAAUGGAAAAGCAUGAGAAUGAUACUGAGUGUCUAUUGGCAAGGACCUGCUACCCUGGAGAAGCCAUUGAACAUGAAUUUAAUCCAGAAGUCUGCAUAACUGUGGGGAGGCCUUCCAGGAAUACGACAAGAAUGAAGAAUGGACUUGCACGAAUACAGGCCAGAUUAGUCCAGAUGAGUAAUAGUGCUUUACCAGUUGCAGAACAUAAAGUUAUAAAAUGUGAUACAGCAGGGUAUAGGAAUGUGGAAACCUACGU